AUGGAGACUAUACACGCACCUACUCUGCCCUCGGGAAGCAAUUCGAACACAGUACAAGGCGAUGGUAUUCAAACUGAUGGAUUCACAUUUGCUCAACUCCAGGCUAAAAAGAUGGAUAUGGAAGCUAAACUACAGGCUUUGGGGAGUGUAAUGGAUUUACACGAAGUGGACAUGAAGACGCCCCUAAUAACGCAAGAUGGGUUUCCUCGAGCUGAUCUUGAUGUCGCACUCAUUCGGACCACUCGGGCAAAGAUUAUACACAUUCAAAACGAUUUGAAGUCCCUCAUGAGUGUGAUUGAAAGGCACAUUCAUGCUUAUUUUGCCAGCAAAGGUCAGGAUGAUGUAACCGAAGAUUCUGAAUUAAAAUCAGAUUUAAAAACUACAACCUCUUCACCUUCUCACACUAACAAGCACACUCUUGCCCGAUGUUUCGCCAAGGUCAACAGUAUAGUUUACAAUAGUCCUUCAGCAGCUGCUGGACUCCAGAUUGGAGAUAAAAUUAGUAGCUUUGGGCACAUAAACUUCUCAAAUCAUGAUCGUUUGAAUCAAAUUAAAAACCUAGUACAAGAAAGUGAAGGGCGACUAAUUCACGUGCAAGUGAUGAGAGAAUCAAAGUGCGGACAAAUCCAAGAACUAACGCUAUCGCUUACACCAAGUAAAAGUUGGGGCGGAAGAGGAUUACUUGGAUGCCACAUUUUACCUCUUUAA